AUGCAGAAGUGCCCGACUUGUCCGAAGUGUACUGGAUUUUACACUGCUACACAUAGAGAUAAUUCUCGUUACAAGUCUAGUAAACAACCUAUAUUAUUAAAUUGCGGUCAUACAUUUUGUGAAAUAUGUGUUGUAAAGUUAGCUGGUCGUGAUGACAAAACAACUAUUCCAUGUCCACAAUGUAAGGUUAUAACAAAUAUACCAGAAGAUGUGCCAAUGUUCAAAGCUUUAACACCAAAUUAUUAUAUAAUUGGUCUAUUAUUUUGUAAUCAAAGAACAUUAUUAGAUCAGGAACUGAGUCGUCUUAUCCCAGCUGGUGGUUCUUCUACAUUAAAAAGAUUUGAUAGAAAAUAUGGUGAGAAGUUACUAUGUCAAGAAUGUAAUUUAAAUAAAGCAACAUGUAGAUGUGUUAAAUGUGAUAGCUAUUAUUGUGGAUUGUGUUUUACUAAAGUACAUUCUGGAUAUAAUUCAUUACGACACCAUCAAGCAUUAGAAAUAUCAGAUGGAACAGAAAGUGUAAUCAUUAAAGAAGAAGUUGCUCCUGUAUGUACAGAUCAUGAUAAUAGACCUAUAGAAUACUAUUGUGAAGAUGAUUUAACACCAAUCUGUUCUCGCUGUGUAAUUAUGGGAGCUCAUAAAGGACAUUCUAUAUCCUCUAUGGAAGACAAGAAUAAAGGUGUAUUGGCUGAAAUGGAACCAGCAUUACAGACAGCUAAUUAUGUUGUCAAAAAACUGAAAAAAACUGAACAGUCAUUUAAUGAUUUCUCCCCAAAUUUUAAAGCAGAAACAACUUCUGUGAUAGAAGAAAUCAGAGCUCAUUUUAUGUCAUUACAUGGAACAAUGCAAGCAAGAGAACACCACUUAAUCAAAGAAGUAUAUGAUAAAUUUAAUGAUUCCUUAUUACCUGUCUUGUAUAAGAAAUCUGAUUUACAUGAAGAAAAGAGACGACUCGAAGCAGCUAUUAAAGCUGCCCAGAGAAUAUUAAACAAUAAUAAUGAAACUGUACUGAAUGCUAAAGAAAUAUUAGAUCACUUAUUACGAGCUAGAACUAUACCUUGUACGGCUGUAAAACAAAAUAUAACAGAUACAACAGACAGCAUCAAAUGGAACAGUGGUGAACCUAUUGAAAGUCUUAUUAAUCAACAUGGUAGUAUUGAAGGUUCUGUGUCUUCCAGGUUUAGUUUACAGACUAUUGUUGAUAUACCUGAUACGGAUGAUUCUGAUAGUCACAGUUCUAUUAGUCAUUCUAGCUAUACUGAUACAGUUAAUAGUAGUGAAGAUGUUAUUGUUGAAGAUGAAAGGAGUGAUUUAGAAGAUGAUGUCCAGAAAAAGAAUAAGAAAACAUUUCUUAUGGAAAAGCAAAGCUAUAGAGCUAAAUAUCCAGGUCAUUGUGAACAAGUUUAUGUAACACAUAUCAAGAGUCCCGCUAAAUUUUAUUGUCAGAAGAAAACAGAUCAAGCAAAAUUAAACAAUUUGAUUAAAAAUAUGAAUAUUUGGUGCCGAAGUUUGGCAAAAGAAUCAGACAUUCCAGCACAUGUUGAAGAAGGUGAUUUAGUAUUAGCUCAAUACAGUGCUGAUAAAAAAUGGUACAGAGCUCGUGUUUUAGUUGUGAUUCCCCCAAAAUCUUCACAAGACACAACAUCAAAUACAAUUACUACUUCAACUUCUGACAGAGAUACACAAUCUACCACACAAGACAGUGAAACAUCAAGUACCAUAGACUAUGACAAUCAAAAUAAAACUAAAAAUAGGAAAAAGAAAAAAGAUAAAUUGCAAACAAAUGAAGAACAAGCAGAAGUAUUAUUUUUUGAUUAUGGUAAUCAUGAAGUCAUUCCAAUUAGCAGAACAAGACAUAUGCAACAAAGAUUUUUAAAAGUACCACAAUUUAUGUUAGAAUGUGCUUUACAUGAUAUUGAGCCAAUUAGUGAUAAUGGUGUAUGGUCCAAAGAAGCAGCACAAACCUUCAAGAAGAUGAUAGAUGGUAGAGUCAUGUAUAUGAAUGUUAUAAGAGAAAUUAAUGGUAUAUUACAAGUUGAUUUACAUAAACCAGCACAUAAUGAUAUUAUGGAUGAUAGUCCUGUAUCUUUACGAGAAAGUUUGAUAUUUUUAGAAUUGGCUUGUUUUAGUUAUAACAGUGAACCUAUCGGAGUAAAACCAGUAUUACCUGCCUCAACCAAUGCUGGUAGAAAUUAUACAACACCAGAACCUAAAACAGAAACUGAUAUAUUCCAUGUUUGUGUAACUAGUCCUGAAACACCACAUAGUUUCUUUGUACAGCCUUUAGGAGAUGAAUGUAAAUAUUUAACCAAUAUGAUGGCUAAGAUGCAGGACACCUAUAAUGUAGAUAGUGGUGAUCUCUAUACUGUUUAUUGUCCUGUUAAAGGUAUGAUCUGUGUCGCUCUAUAUACAUCAGAUAAUCAAUGGUAUAGAGCUAGAGUUAUCAAUAUACCAGGUAGAAAGUUGGUAGAUGUACAGUAUGUAGAUUAUGGUUAUGUUGAUCGUAUACCAUACUGGAAUAUACGCAAAAUAUUAGAUACAUUCCUAGUAUUGCCCCCACAGGCAGUAUAUUGUAGAUUAUGUGAUAUUGAACCAAUAGAUAGUAAACUUGGCUGGUCCAAUGCGGCAUUAGAUUGGUGGAAAGAUGCAGUAUUAUUUAAACAAUUCCAUUUGAAAAUUACCGGUCUACCAGCCAAUGUGUUUGAUGUUGUAUUAACACCAUUAGUAGAAGAUUAUCAACCUGAUAAUAUCAACACACAGUUAGUACAGAGAGGUUACGCUAUCUCUACUGGCGUAUGGUCAACUGGUGUUCAGGCAAUUGAACCUUACAAAAAAUGUAAGACUAAGAAUACUGGUGAUGAUCAUGCUGGAAAUCAAACCAUAUCAAAUACACCAUAUGUAGAAAAUUCAUCCACUGGUCCAAAUACUCCUAGAAUGGUCAGUCCCGAACGAACUCCAGUUAACUCACCACUCACAAGUCCUUCAAAACAAUUCAGAACCAAUACUCAUCAACCAUCUUCAUUGACUGUACCAAACUCUUGUUCUAUCCCCUUUUCUAAUACCAACUCUUCAUCUUAUAUUUCAUCUUCACCAUACUCUACAUCAACUUCACCUAAAGCCAAACCUAAUGUUGCUCAAAAACUUCAUGUCAAUGUACAGAAAGCAGCGGAACAAUCCUCACCUAGUCUAACUAAAGAUGGUUCUAACACGGAUACUUAUUUAGAAGUGUUUGUUAGUGCAUACGUCUCUCCGUCCAAUUUCCAUGUACAGCUUGCCAAGAAACAUGACACUGCACUUAAAGAUCUGAUGAGCCAGUUACAAGCAGAUUGUGAUAGAGCUGACCUUAAGGGAGAAAAGGUUUGGAGGAAAAAUGAAUUCUGUGCCUGUAAAUACUCUAAAGACAAUAUGUGGUAUAGAGCUAAAAUAUUAAAUGUGAUAAAUAAAAACUUAUAUCAGAUGCAGCUAGUAGAUUAUGGUCAUAUAGAUCAUUGUGGCUUUAAUGAUCUACGUAGUUUGAACAAUGAACGGAGAAGAAAGAGUUGCUUUGCUGUCAAGUGUCAUUUAGCUUCCUUAUAUCCUGCUGGUUCUACUGAUAGACAUAGAUGGUCCAUAACAGCUCGUGAAUUCAUGGAAAAUCAAAUCAAGGAUAAAACAUGCCUUAUCAAAAAACAGGGUGAUAUUGUGUCAGAAGAUUUAGGACUACCUAUAGAUUUAAUAAUAGAAGAAGAGGUUCCUGAAUCUGCUUUAGAACCUUCACGAAAAAUAUAUUAUGGCCUGAUAGAAAAAAUUGUGGAUGCAGGGCUAGCUAUUCCAAUUAAAACAUCACCAUCCAAAAAACCUAAAGUUGAUAAUCCGUACUAUACAUAUAAAAAACAUCCAAUACCUGAUAAUGAUACAUUGAUUGUAGAACCAACAUUUGUUGAUUAUGAUUGUAUUAUUUAUACUCAAAUCUGUGAUGAAGAAGAGGAAAUGAAUGAGUUCACUCAAAUGAUCCACAAGAAAUAUAGUGAUGUAGAACCUGUUGUGUGUGACUGGAAGAUUGGUCAAGCAUGUGUUGCGUUAUUUGAACUAGAUGAAUGUUGGUAUAGAGCUUCUAUUGUAGAGAUGGAAGAUGACAAGGUUCAAGUGUUAUUUGUUGAUUAUGGUAAUUCAUCAUGGCAGACCUAUUCCAGUAUCAGACCACCAAUACCAGAAUGUUUAAAAAAACCAUCCUAUUCAUUACAAUGUUAUCUCCAUAAUGUUAUUCCAGUCAGUGAAAAUGGACAGUGGCCAGUUGUAACAUUAGAAUUUAUACAUAAUAAAUUAGUUGGACAUCAAGUUACUGUACAUAAACAGGCUGUGACUGAAGAUGAGAAAUUAUUAGUCAACAUCAAUUUAACUAAUGGACAAGAUUUGACUGACUUAUUACUGAGUAAACAAUGUAUACAAAUAAUUGAUGAUAUGACUCCAGCGUAUAAUAUUAGUACAGCUGUCACUAAAAUAUUACAGGAAACCACAUUAAAAACUGUUGAACCUUUCUCGUGUGGUUUCAAGUUUCCAGUAGCUGUAACAAAUAUUGAACUUCCAAAUCUGAUUUAUUGUCAACAUAAACCAUUAGAUGCUAAUCAAGGUACAGAAGAGUAUCGUGAAGAAGCCACUAGGAUUAAUAAUAGUUUAGAAGAGUUACAAAGACUAUCCAUAGAUAUCAAUAUGUCAGCUCCUCAAAGUCAUGUAUGGACCACAUUACCCAAACCUGGAAAUAUUUGUUCAGCUCAGUAUAGUAUAGAUGAUUAUUGGUAUAGAGCAUUAGUUAUCACAGUAGAUGAAGAGAGUGAUCUUGUAAAAGUCCUUUUUGUUGAUUAUGGAAACUCAGAAGAUGUUCCUAAAGACAGAUUGAGAGUUUUACCCAAGAAAUUACAGAAAUUGCCUAUGCAGGCCAUGAGAUGUUAUAUAGCUGAUUUAGUUCCACCAGAUGGUCAAUCAUCAUUUAGUUUUGAAUGUUUAAAAUUAUUACCUCAAGUUUUAGAUGGUCAGGAGUUCUUAGCUGAUGUCAAGUCUUCAGAACCUCUCACUAUAGAUCUGUUUCUAAUGAAAAUGGAAGGAGAAGGCUUACAGUUAGCACAUCAGUUUUUAGUAAAUGCACGCUUGGCCAAGUUUGCUCCAGCUUCAAAUUUGUUGGAUAUGGCUUUAAAUGGUGGAAGAAGUGAUGAUACACCUGAUGUAAUAUGUGAAGAGGAAGAAGUGAAAGAAAAGUUACUUUAAACUAUUGUUUUAUUGUUUGGAAAAAUUGCUAACAUAGCUGUUUGGUGUCUAAGUAUUAUAGAUCUAAAUCUCCUAAUAACUGGUGUUCUAGUCAUUCCUCUCUAUUUUAUCAUUCUUUUCUUUGUUUUAUUGUUUUCCUUGUUAUGUUUUGUGUUGAAUUUUUCAUAACCAUAUGGUUCAAUUUAGUGUAAAACUUUAGUUCACUGUGUUAAUGCAAAUGUAAGUAAAAGAUGAUAUUCUGAUACCCUUAGAUACCUGUACAACUGCUGAAUAAUAAGAUCUGAAGUAUUUUCUUUACACCUUUUGUAAAUGAAGAUAUCAUUGAUGUAUGUUAAUGUUUCAUAAUGUGCUGUCAAAAUAAGAUAUGAGUUGAGUUCCAAUCGAACUCUUCAAUGUUUAUUCUUUUCUUAGUUGUGAAAUUAUUGUUAUUUUUAUAAUGAGCCUGAGAAUCUGGUUUUGUAUAGAAAUAUUAAAAGAUGUUAAAUCUUUAUGUAAAGUU